GACAAAGCAGGGCGACACUGACAUGUUUUGAUUUCGAUUCAUCUUAAAACGUUCAAAAUUCGUGGAUUUGUUUCAUAAAGGAACAUACCGCAUGCCAGCGUGUACAUUUCACUUCGAUGAAAUUGACAAGGUGAGAAAUCGACAACCAAGAUCCAUGUACAUUUCAGGCUGCUGUACAGAGGACAGGAGUAAACCGGAAGACAUGGCAGUGAUUCAUGCUUGUGGGAGUGAAAUUGACAAGACAAUGUACAUUUCAAUGACUGCCUUACAGUGAAUUUGGAAAUCUAACCUACAUUCCGUCUGUGAUUGACAGGACAUUGCUAUCGCUUGUCUGCCGCUGUGAAGAUCUACUAUAUGACCAAAGGUGGGUGGGACAGCGCACUUUGGGUCAAAUCGUUGACCCUCAGCUAUAAAAUUACAAACACGGAUGUUCGUCUACAUCAUAUACAGAAGUAGCUGUCACGAACAUCGGGAACUUUAUGACAAAACGACGAUGUUGCGACUUUUGAUUUCUACAGCGUCAGUCUAUAUUCUGUAGACAUUAUCGACAUUAUUUUACUAAAAAGACACGACGUCAAAAUCCAAGAUGACCGAAAACGACGACAUUUGCAAGAAGGUAUGCGAACUGUGUCCCGGCGAGCUAGUGGGAAGUUUUGGGUGGCCGGACAUUUUGUUGUUUGUGAUAAUGUUGGUGAUUUCAGCAGGAAUCGGAGCAUUUUAUAUGAUUCGUGAGGCAAGGGCUGCCAAAAAGGCCACUUCGGACGAUAUUUUGAUGGGUGGUAGGGACAUCGGUGUGUUUCCAAUCGCGAUGUCGUUGAUGGCUAGUUUCAUGUCCGCCAUCACUGUGCUCGGUACUCCUACGGAGAUGUACAACAAUAAUACCAGUUUCUGGAUCGCUUCCUGGGCAAUGAUACCAACCGCUGUCAUCACUAACCACGUGUUUCUGCCAUUCUUCCACAAGCUCAACCUUACAAGUGCCUAUGAGUAUUUGGAAACCCGCUUCAACCGGUCAGUGCGAGUUUGUGCCUCCAUCCUGUUCCUGCUGAACAUGCUUCUGUUUAUGGGGGUGGUGCUGUACGCUCCGUCUCUGGCUCUCAACUCAGUGACGGGACUGAGUCUGGAGCUGUGUAUAACAAUAAUUGGUGUCGUGUGCACAUUCUACACAGCACUCGGUGGUCUGCGAGCCGUGGUGUGGACAGACACGUUCCAGACGUUUGUCGUGAUGGCGGGCCUGGUUGCAGUAGCAGUGCAGGGAUCCAUUGAGGUGGGCGGGGUCGAGAGGGUGUGGCAGAUUGCAAACGAAAAGGGACGGAUAUUCUUCUUCGACUGGGAUCCAGACCCCACAGUCCGUCAUUCUGUGUGGUCGCUCAUCAUUGGCUCCUGGGUAGGUCAGCUGACAAUAUACGCAGCCAAUCAGACGACGAUACAGAGAUACCUGGCAAUCAAGAAGAUACACAAUUCACAAAAGGCACUAUAUAUGAGCAUUCCUCCCACGUUGAUCCUGUCUUGUCUCGUCUGCUUCGUGGGUCUCGUCAUGUUCGCCGUCUACAACGAAUGUGACCCCUACAUACUAGGUCAUAUCAAGGCCAGAGACCAGCUCUUACCGUUCCUGGUCAUGGACAAGUUGACUUUUUUACCAGGCCUAGCGGGACUAUUUGUGGCCAGUCUGUUCAGCGCGUCUCUCAGCUCCAUCUCGUCUGGUCUCAAUGCACUCUCCAUCGUGUUCCUGGAGGAUAUUCUCAAACUGGCGUGGGAGUCCAAGAACUGGGUUCCGUCUACCGUCUUCGUCAACAGGACAGCUAAAGUUAUAGGGUUAGUCUUUGGCGGAACCGUCAUUGGCGUCGCGUUUCUGGCACGACUUCUUGGACAAACAGUGCUGCAGAUCGUACUCAGCAUCUUUGGGAUGAGUGGGGGGCCACUCCUUGGCUUGUUCAUUUCCGGGAUUUUUAUACCGUUCAUCAAUGCAUGGGGUGCACUCUGUGGCUUGAUAUUGUCCACGGUACUGGCGUUCUGGGCAGGCGUUGGGAGUACGCUCAUCCUCCCAGUCCCUCCCGUCAGCAACGUCAGUAUCAACGCAUGUGGCGACUGGGUUGGCGUUCUACGCAACUGCAGCAUCAGCGACAACCACAUAGCUUCUAUCCUCAAUUCUACGAUGGCUGUAUCGUCUGUCGAACCCAAGGGAGAGGACCUGUGGAUCUACCAUAUGUCUUACCUGUGGUAUGCGCUGUAUGCUGUUCUUGUGUCGGUCUUGACCGGGGUCAUCGUGACCUUUAUCACGUCCCCGUGUACAGGUUUCAACACCCCAAGUAAGGUGAAGGCCAGCUUCAUCCACCGGGCAUGUGACCGUCUGUGUUGUUAUCUCCCCUUGUCCUGUGUCAAGGUCAACCGGGAGGAGAAAGAGGACGAAAUUGACUUCUUCAACACAGACUGGAUUUUCAAAACCACGGGACGCGUGCCGCCCUGGGAGGUCAACGACGAUGACUACAGCAUAUCAAGCCAACAGAGUGAACCAGUUGACAGCUACGACGUCACGGAGGUGUUUGAUGACGUCAUCGACGAUGCAUUUAUCACCCCUAAGGAACACAGUUCUCAUGAACAAAAUGGACACGUAAAACAAAAAGGAGAAAAUUCUUCAGAAAUUAUUGAAAUGAACACUCUUCCUGGUGAAAUGAACACCAGGUCUACUGAAAUUGACACGACACGUGUUGGAAAGAGUGAUGUUCUUCCCAGGUUAAAGAGACAACCGUCCCAUAGAUACAGUGAAACAAUGACCAGAUUUUGAUGUAUAUUACAGGGUUUGUGUAUGCGGAUGGAUAUUAGCAUUUAUACUCUGAUUAAGUAUGUUGUAAAAAUAUUUGCAAUAGCAACUCGUGCGGAAACUGUAUGUGGAGACAUGCCAUUUUGUUAGCCUUGAAGACACGGGAUUAGGGCAGUGGAGGCAUGCACUUUCUCUUUUAUUGGCUCUUGGGACACAGGCCAGCAGUCAGUGGGUUGGGGACAUGUACCGUUAUACUGACUCUGGGGCCACGGUCAGCAGUGGAUGGGUGGAGACAAGUACCAUUAUACUGACUCUGGGGCCACGGUCAGCAGUGGAUGGGUUGAGACAAGUACCGUUAUACUGACUCUGGGGCCACUGUCAGCAGUGGAUGGGUUGAGACAAGUACCGUUAUACUGACUCUGGGGCCACGGUCAGCAGUGGAUGGGUUGAGACAAGUACCGUUAUACUGACUCUGGGGUCACGGGUCAGCAGUGGAUGGGUGGAGACAAGUACCGUUAUACUGACUCUGGGGCCACGGGUCAGCAGUCGGUGGGUGGAGACAAGUACCGUUAUACUGACUCUGGGGUCACGGGUCAGCAGUCGGUAUGUUGAGACAAGUACCGUUAUAUUGACCCUAGGGAUGGCGGGUCAACAGUAAGUGUGUGGUGACAUGUACCGUUAUACUGGCUUUUGGGACACAGGCAAACAGUCAGUGGAUUUUGGACAUGUACCGUGGUAUUGACCCUGGGGUCGCGGGUUAACAGUAAGUGUGGACAAUUGCCCGUGUGGACUUGACAACAGUCGGUGGGUGGAAUUAAGUCCGUUAAACUUGCCACUCGGACACGGGUGGCAAGACGGUCGGUCAAACCCUGUACCGUUAUAUGGGGGUUGGGGGUCAACUAUGGGGUCUAGCAGGCUAGGUCCUCGUCUUCAUAUGUCUAUAUUGAGUUGUCAAAUAAACCGUUACUGAUA